UAAAUAGUUUUUAAAUACAUCUAUGAUUUGCUUCUUUUAAAACUAUCAGUUAUAUCUAGAUCUAGAUUUAAUUAGUUUACAUUUAGCACAUCUACCAAAACACUUUUGUAAUAAGUAAUACGAAAAAGAGAAUCUAAAUCAAGUUAGAUGCAAAGACCAUUCUCAUUCUUGAAUGGACAAAACGAAAAGUGUCAACCUUACAGCGUGUGAUUCGUGUGAGAGUCAUGAGACUGAAUUGCUCAUACAAUUAGAAGGAACACGUAUUGAGCUCACUAAGACAAUGACUUCGGCUAUCUACCACUUUCUCAAUCCAAUGAUUGAGAGAAACCCCAAAGAUAUCCGAGUCAUCAAUCUUUCAGCCCAAACGUUUGCAGAGUUCCUGGACACGAUCAAGUCCAACUAUCGCAAUCUUAAUAACCUGUCGACUCUACAAACCAUUUUAAAACUCUGGGACACUGUCUUCGUUCUGCAGAUUCCCGAACUAAUCGCAAUCUGUGAGAGGAAGGUUUGCCACAGAAUGACCGAGGCCGCUUUUGAGGCCAUCUAUGUUAGGGCCAAUCGUUACCAGUCGCAUGCCGUUCUCUACAAAGCUCGACGCUUUCUCAAACACUUGUCUGUAAAAGCGGACAAAAUGCGUCUGUUAAGUAUUUUAACUUUCAGAGACUUUCUGAGCAUAAUUAAAGACGAUUGUUUACGAGUAAAAAGUGAGGACAUUGUUUUGAGGUCAAUUUUCCUAUGGGCUGAAAAACUGGACAAACAAGAAGGAGGUUCUGGAGCAAACGAGGAUGACCAGCAGUGUCCGAAGAGAAGAAAACUGGACAGUAAUGUGCCCUGCAAGGAAGAGAAUGAGUUAAAUGAAAACACUUCUGAGCUCUCUCAGCUGAUAAGAGCCUCAAGGUAUGGGUUAGCGAGCAUUGAAUGUCUUCAAGAGUUCUCCAAACAUCAUUUGUGUGAGAGAGACAAAGAAGCGAAACUCGUUAUAACUGAGGCCAUCAACUAUAAGCUAGACAGAAAUACUCAUGGAUACUGGCCUCCAUUCGCAUAUCCUAGAAACUCCGGUCUUUUCUGCCUCGUGGGUGUAUUAGCUGACAAAGAUCAAGUCAGUGUUUUAACUCUGGAACCCAUUGAAACAGACAUUGGCAGCUGGAUGAGGUUUCGCAGAUGUCACUUACAUACACAAAUCACAAAUUUAACUGUGUUUGACAACGAGCUCUAUGUUAUAAGCAGCACGGGCUUUGAAAGUUUGAUCUUUGUUUAUAGAAACACGAGAUGGAAUUUUGUUUUGGAUCUUCCAAAUAAAGACUUCAUUGUCAUUUCAAAAGGAAACUUGAUCUACGUCAUAGACGGCACAAGCAGCAGCGUGAAAUGUGUGUCACCGAGAGAGACUCCAGUUCUUCACAGCGAGAUCAAGUUCCCUGACAUGAUGAAAAAUCCAGAGAGUGCUUUAGACUUUGACAAAGGUAUCUUGAUUUUCUGUUCCACUGACUCUGAUGAAAGGUCGUCAGUGGUUAAUUUAGACGUACCUGAGCAUAAAUGGACUGACGGUGUAUUUCUAAAAGGUUCAGCUAAAAAUUUGGUUGGUUUCAGAAAAGAAACAAAUUACUUUAUCUUACAAAGAGACGGAUCAAUCAGCCAAGUGUUGAGGAAACAAGAUGACAGCAUUGACUUUAUCUUCAUUCAACGUCUGUGGUCUAUUCAAAGCGCUCUACGUGGUGCCUUCAUCUACAGGGACAUUCUUUACAUCUUUUCCAAUACACCUUCGAAGAAUCUAUAUCUUAAUGGGGCAUUCGGUUUGUUUUGGAAGUUGGAGUAUUGGUAUCAGGAACAAGAGGCGUGUACGUUUCUACAGUUUUCCAUUCUUACGGAUGAUGUUUUAAGGACAGAAGAUGAAUCUGAUUCAGAUUCCGAGGAAGACGAAGACGAAGACUAAGUUUCUAAUGCGAUAAAUAGAACGUAGCUAGAGUUAUAAGCCAAAAGAGUGUUUGAAAGAUAAAAGAGUAAUUGGGAAAGUUCACAAAAAAUCAGCAAACGCCUAAAAUGUUGCAGCGAAAUUUGUCAUUUUUAUUUUUUUUUAAAGUUGCCAACAUUGCUUGUUAAUGAAUAGCAAAAGUUAAUAUCACAUGACUAACAAACUACCUAAAGACAUUUCCUUUAUUUGCUCGUGCUCUUGCCUGGUCAACAAGAGAAAAUUGAACAUAGUAUAUCGUGGUCAUUGCGGGUUUUUUUUUAUUGAUACAUUUUAGCUAGUAAUGCAUGAUUUUGAUAAUAAAAUGUAUACAUUACA